AUGAUGACUCUCGUGAGCUUCAAUAAUAUUCUUCAAUUGUGCAUCCUGUGCGCCUACUGUGUCAUGUUGAACCUCACCAUAGAUCCAAUCGAGAUCAAAUCAUAUCAUUUAUUGCCCCUACCUUUUGCCCAACACCCUACCAAAACGUUCACGUCAACCCAACCACUACUCGAACUCAUCCUCUACACUUUCUCUUUCCAUUUUAUAUAUAAUACUAACCCACAGCCCGAAGAGGUCGAGGAUGUUGAUGCCGCCGUCGAUGUAACCGAAGAGGCCGAGGAGGCCGAGGAAGAGGAGACCGAGGACGCUGAAGAAGAGGAGGAAGAGGAAGAAGAGGAGGAGGAAUUGUCAGACCCUCUUGAGGAAUUGAGAGAAGAGUGCGCCAAGGCCCCAGCCUGCGCCCACGUCGCCCACCACUUCCAAGACUGUGUUGACAGAGUCACCCAGGAAAUGGAGGAGCCAGGCUACAACGACAAGGAGUACAAAGAGGACUGUGUGGAGGAGUUCUUCCACUUGCAGCAUUGUAUCAACGACUGUGUUGCACCAAAGUUGUUCUACAAAUUAAAAUAA